AUGCCUUCGCGGGUGUUUCUCGUCCAAACGCUCUUUGUGCUUACUCCUCCUCUGAGAGCUGAAGCCUCUGCUAUAGCCACUGCCGAUUCCCCUGAAGGUGUGAUCUUUCUGGUGAUGGCUGGCUUUGUUGUCUACAUGGUGCAGGAUUCGUGCAAGAACAUGACCAUGUAUUGUCUAUUCAUGCUGGGACUUAUGGCAAGCUUUCAGUGCUUUUUUGAUGCACUGGCUCUCUUCAGCGUUCUGGGUGGCCGCGAAACCUCCGUGUCCUCAGUGCAGGGUACUGAGAACAAUGUUACUGUGAUAACGCGGAUCACGCAGCACCCUUUCUUUGAUCGGUCGAUGGGCGAGCAGUACAACACCCAGUCUGCUGUUUUACUUGCGAGUCCGCUUGUGAUGUCACUGGUGGCCUCGAUGUGUUAUCUCUCUUACAAUGCCUUUUCCGAGUCGCUCUUCGAAGCCGAAGCCGGGCCAAUCGAAGGUUGGGGCCAAGCCGCGAGAUACGGUGCCUCAGAGAGCGUGGAGAGGACUCAGCCAUCUCCCCCUCGGCUUUUCGAGGGCCACGGACACCGACUGAGCGGCUGA